GUCAAAUGUGCCAGACGGGAAAUUCAACGCCGUCGCCAGAGCCACGAUGCGAUCCACCCCCAAGCACUGACGACGUCCACUCCCUGAGCCCUCCCUGAGCCCGCGCUGAUCGACUACCUGUUUGGAGCCUGCUGCUCUCGCCACGCACGAGCUGUGCUCAGGACCCCGACCGCGCUCUCUACACUCCCUGACUGCCCUUGAGCCUGGCUCCGCCCCUCCGUCUGUCCGUUCGGCACGCGACGAGCAAAAACGACCAAGCGCGCUGCCGCGCCUGCGCCACCCGCCUCCCAUACCGCGCACUGCGCAUGCGCCGGAGCCUGCCGAUGCGAUCGAUCACCGCGGGCAGGGAUCAGACGCAGGACCAGCACCCGCCGCCGCACCCCCAGCGGUAGCCGCGGAACCAUCCCCCGACCACCCAGAGCGACACGGCCGCCCCAAGGAGGAGACACCAUGACGAGCAACGCAAACAGGUUCUCCACCUACACCACGGCCUCGGCCGACUCCAAAGAUGGCGAGAAGAAGAAGGACAUGUGGAACUCCAUGCUGGAGUCCGUCGCCAGCGGCAAACGGCUACCAGAGAAGAACCUGUUGGUUCUCGGCGGCACUGUCGACUCGCAGCGAGACUUCCUCGAGACCCUCUCCAACACCGAAUCGAGAAGGCCGUUCGAUAGGCAGGGAUCCAGGAUACACCCUCCUGUAGCGAACCACUUCGCCCUCGGAUACACGUACUAUGACGUCCUCGACGCAGACCAAGAAGACAUACUCGCCCGGAUCUCUUUCUACUCCCUCACGAAGCCAUCCCACCAGUUUGACUCCCUCGUCAGGCCUCUUCUCACGCCCCAGUCAAUACCACAUACGCUGAUCGUGGUGCUGCUCGACUGGGCCGAGCCAUGGCUGUGGAUGCGACAGCUGCGCGAAUGGAUCCUGCUGCUCCGGAAGGUGAUGUUACCGCUCGGCGACGACGCCAAAGAGGCGAUGGAGGAUGUCAUGAUCAGCUGGAGGGACCGCGGCAGAGGAGGAGGCGGCACCAACCUGGACGGCACCGGCGCCGCGCCGCUCUCCGGAGCCGAAGCUGGCGCUGACGUCUCCCUCCCGCUGGGUCCUGGCGAGUGGGAAGAUGCGCUAGGACUGCCCCUGGCCGUCGUCUGCCAAAACGCCGACAAGAUGGAGCUCCUGGAGAAGAUGCAGGGGUGGAAGGAAGAGAACUUUGAUAUUGUUCUUCAGUUUAUGCGAACGGUGCUUCUGAAACAUGGCGCCUCUCUGAUGUACACGAGCGCAAAUCUUCCCUCCCAGCUACCCACUCUAAUCCAUUCAAGCUUGGGUAUCACGUCGCUCCUGAAGCGGCAACCACUGAAGCAUAACGUCAUUGACCGCGAUAAGAUCGCGGUGCCACCGAACUGGGACUCGUGGGGCAAGAUCAGAGUACUACGGGACGGCUUCGAUGUCGAAUCGGUCAGCAAUGGCUGGUCUAUCGACCUGGAUCAGCCAUUUCCCCGGCCGAGGCCAGUCCAGGUGGAUACUAAGCCCGGCCCUGUGGUGAACGGGACUGGGGAAGCGGGCGAGGAAGCCUCGGCGGAUGCCGAGGAGAACGAUGAGGAUGACCAGGAUUCCAAAGAUCGGAUCGAGGGCUCGACGGUUACGCUGUACGAGGAUGCGGUCGAGGACCCGACGACGGCGGCGUUGCAGAUUGCCGGCCGCGACAGCCAUUCGACAAGGCUCGAGAUCGAGACCAAGGACCCGCAAACGUUCCUGGCGGAGCAGCUCAAGGUUCUGGAUCAGUACCGAAUCGAGGCGGAGAAGGAGAGCAAAGGCGCCGAGGCGGGCGCGGCCGGCGCAACGGGUGGUGCCGCACUCAAGGCUGCAGGCGCCGGUGGGCGAGCGUCGCCGCGACCUGGCGGUAUCAGCCCCGAUCCUGGAGCGGCACCCGUCGCGCUCGGGGCCGUAGGCGACCACAUUGGGCCGGUGCAGUUCAACAUGGGCGGUAUCCAGGUCGAUGCUGACGACAUGGUGCAGCGGAUCAAGGACCGCCAGGCGUAUGGCUCGUCCCCGGAGCCAACCAGUCCCACACACGAGGAAGACGAGGAGGCAGCGGGUCUCAAGAACCACAUGGACACGGACAAUCUACAGGCGUUCUUCUCCGGCCUGAUGAACCGGGGCAAGACGCGAGCGGGCGGGGCCUGAUGGCCAAUGUGCCCGACGUCUUUGACAUGCCGACAGGGCAUGUAGCCAGCAUCUACGUUUGCGGUUGCGUCUUGAGGAGGAGGCGUCCCAUUCCCGACAAUAAUACCCAUUUUUUGCCUUGGCUCCA